CGGGCCGCUCCCAGCCGUGCGGCGGGCAGAGGUGUCAGUUUGGGAACCUGCCGGGGCCGAGCCCGCGCGGUCUGGGCUGGGGCCUCGGAGCCAGGCGGCAGAGUGAUGGCACGGGGGACGGUGACGAGAGCCAUUCAGAGCGCAUACCCCACGCAGUCCUGUGUCCUCGGCCCUCCAGAACAGAGGGGAGGGUUGGACGUGGAGGAGGGAUGUGGCAACACCGCCCGGCCUGCCCCAGGGUCCCUGGCAUGCACACACAUGUGGCACUGGAAGCUGAUGGAGACCCGAGCUCUGGACUCAGGGACUCGGGACUCCUAUGGUGCCACCAGCCACCUCCCCAACAAGGGGGCUCUGGCAAAAGCCAAGAACAACUUCAAAGACCUGAUGUCCAAGCUGACAGAGGGUCAGUAUGUGCUGUGCCGGUGGACAGAUGGACUGUACUACCUCGGGAAGAUAAAGAGGGUCAGCAGCUCUAAGCAGAGCUGCCUUGUGACUUUUGAAGAUAAUUCCAAAUACUGGGUCCUGUGGAAGGACAUACAGCAUGCUGGUGUUCCAGGGGAGGAGCCCAAGUGCAACAUCUGCCUGGGAAAGACCUCGGGGCCCCUGAAUGAGAUCCUCAUCUGUGGGAAGUGUGGCCUGGGUUACCACCAGCAGUGCCACAUCCCCAUAGCGGGCAGUGCUGACAGGCCCCUGCUUACACCGUGGUUCUGCCGACGCUGCAUCUUCGCACUGGCUGUGCGGAAAGGCGGGGCUCUGAAGAAGGGCGCCAUCGCCAGGACACUGCAGGCCGUGAAGAUGGUGCUGUCCUACCAGCCCGAGGAGCUCGAAUGGGACUCGCCCCACCGCACCAACCAGCAGCAAUGCUACUGCUACUGCGGUGGCCCCGGAGAAUGGUACCUGCGGAUGCUGCAAUGUUACCGGUGCAGACAGUGGUUCCACGAGGCCUGCACCCAGUGCCUCAAUGAGCCCAUGAUGUUCGGAGACCGGUUCUACCUGUUCUUCUGCUCUGUGUGUAACCAGGGCCCGGAGUACAUCGAGAGGCUGCCCCUGCGAUGGGUGGAUGUGGUUCACCUGGCCCUCUACAACCUGGGGGUGCAGAGCAAGAAGAAGUACUUUGAUUUUGAGGAGAUUCUGGCCUUUGUCAACCACCAUUGGGAGCUCCUGCAGCUCGGCAAGCUCACCAGCACCCCUGUGACAGAUCGAGGACCCCAUCUCCUCAACGCUCUGAACAGCUACAAAAGCCGGUUCCUCUGUGGCAAGGAGAUCAAGAAGAAGAAGUGCAUCUUCCGCCUGCGCAUCCGGGUGCCCCCCAACCCGCCGGGGAAGCUGUUGCCUGACAAGGGGCUGGUGCCCACUGAGAACGGCGCCCCCUCUGAGCUGCGGAAGAGAGGAAAGAGCAAGUCUGGUUUGUUGCCUCACGAAUUCCAGCAGCAGAAAAGGCGAGUUUAUAGAAGAAAAAGAUCAAAGUUUUUGCUGGAAGAUGCUAUUCCCAGUAGCGACUUCACCUCAGCCUGGAGCACCAACCACCACCUGGCCAGCAUAUUUGACUUCACCCUGGAUGAGAUCCAGAGUUUAAAAAGUGCCAGCUCAGGCCAGACCUUCUUCUCAGAUGUGGACUCAACCGAUGCCGCCAGCACGUCUGGCUCUGCCUCCACCAGCCUCUCCUACGACUCCAGGCGGACAGUGGGCAGCCGGAAGAGGAAGCUGGCAGCCAAAGCAUACCUGCCACUGCGGGCAAAGCGGCGGGCAGUUGAGCCGGGUGGACGCUGCCCCUCGGACAGCAGUGCAGAGGGGGUUUCGGGCCCAGAGCGGGCAGAGGAAGGCAUCGACAGCCACACCUUCGAGAGCAUCAGUGAAGAUGACUCUUCCUUGUCCCACCUCAAGUCAUCCAUCACCAACUACUUUGGUGCGGCUGGGCGGUUGGCCUGUGGGGAGAAGUACCAGGUGCUGGCUCGGAGAGUCACGCCCGAGGGCAAGGUUCAGUACCUGGUGGAGUGGGAAGGGACCACCCCUUACUGACUAGCCCCCAGGGGAUGCUAAGAGCCUGGGAAACCAAGGGUGAGACUGUGGAAACCACAGGCUCCCCGGCUCUCUGCAGGCUGGAGCGGAGAGGGACACAAGACAGCAAGUGCCUAGAAGGCUCUUCUUCCCUGUCCGGCCAGCAAGGCCUGCGCCUCUGCAGCGCCAAUUCUGCCUCAGGCCUCCUCAGGCUGCUCACGCCUGUCCUGUGUCUCCCAGGUCUCACUGCCAUUUCUCAGUGUCCCCACACACUCCCCACCCCCUCAAACUGGGUAUCUGCUCCUCUGGGUUUGUGACCUUUUCUUGAAGCCUGAAUCUCUCUCUGUCCCCCAAUUCUGUGUCCCGUUAGCACUUUCUCCCCCUCUGGGUGUGAUCACACAUCCUAUGUGUGUGUGGCUGUCAUGAGCACCUGGCUGUGAGGCAUCAGUGCUCCCAGGGGCGCACUGUGAGACAGAAACUUUUGAGAAAGCACGGGUGAAGGUAGGCAAGAGGAGGCCUCACCCACCAGCCUGAUAAUCCACCUGCCCUUAGAAAGAGGGGGCAAAUGAGGGCGGAUGCCUCCGUGGAAGCCAGUGUCGCUGGGACCCUGGACCAUCAGGAUCUGAGGCUGGGUCUACUGCAGAAGGCACCAGAGUCCAGUUAUUAAGGCUGAGAGUCAGGGCUGCAGUGUCAGCUUCUGAGGUCCCAGAAUUGGUCCUUUCCUUGGUCACACCCCCUUUUAGUUGCCAGCUUAGGAGCUGGGCCUAGCCUUACAAUCCUGUGGGAAAGGGAGAGGAAGUGAGAGGACAGGAAGCCAAGUAAUGCCAAUUGCCCCCUCGACAGACCUCACCCCAGAGCCCCACACACACCAAUACACACUCACUCCCACAAGCUUCUCUCCAUGUGUGCUUUCACACACCCCACAUACACCCCGAGGCCAGCCUGGUCCUGUUCUUCCUGCAGCCCUCCCUCUUCCACAGCCUUGUGCUGCCACUGAAUGUGAAAUUCCAGCCUCUGCCCCCUUCUUCGAACUCAUAAACCAGCUUUGACCCUACAGGGAAGCACAGGGGUCCCCAACCCUCUUCCUUUCAUCCCUUGCCCAGCCCUAAAAUUGACAAUCAUUUUUGGGACAGGUUGGGGUUUUUAAAGGUCCUCUCUGUCCAUCAGUCCCCUCAAUGAGAAGCUUUUAUCAGUGGGAGUAUAAGUAGAAUUCCUAGAACCAGCAUUCAAACUUGAACCUGUCUGGAUGGAAACCAAAAAUGGGAAGGGAAGGGAACCCCUCAUUUUUGCUGCUUCCAGAUAUUAGAAACUGACUCACUAGAUUGGAAAAUGGAAAGAAGUGCCUUGACUGGGGAGUUGGGGGGGUGGGGUCACUGCACCACAUGGGACUGGCCUUGCCAACUGCUGCUGGGCCACCAGCUUGGCUGGAUUUGCCAGGUUGACAGCUGCAAGGUAAAGGUGGCAGAACAGUGAGGUUCUCCUGUGACUAGGCUGACCCCUCCACACCUGUGUGCACUCGGCAUCCCUGGGAUAGUUCAGAUGCCCUUUGCCUCAAACCUCAGCUCCUCUAGUGCCUUUCAAGAGGGACCUGGCUCCUGGGCAUGGCCCACUCCCUUCCCUCCCUUCCCUGGCAUGGGCCAGGUAGGGACGAGUGGGUUUGGGCACCAUCUCCCCUUCUCUGCCCCACCGCUGCUGCCACUGAAACCUCCAAGGGGGGCCAGGUAUAAGGGGAGCUGAGAAACCAGACCCCAGUACAGUAGGAGCGUGGGACCUGGGCUCCACGCCAGGGCUUCCAGCCUGCCUUUGGAGCACAGCAGCCUCCCAAAGCCUUUCUGGGCUUCUGAGGAUGCACCAAGGAGCAGGGCUGUCAGGGCAUCAGCCCCUUGCCUGUUGGGCCCCAGGAGCUCUGGGCUUGAAGAGGCGAAGGGGUGGGGCAAGUGCCUCCCCCCCUCGGGAAGUCAGCAUAAGGCCUACUAACAAGGUCACCCUGACUCCACCCGGUGUUUCAUUCAUACCAGAAAAUAGCUGUGUUACUGCCAACUGACCUUAUGAUAACCUUGUGCACCUUUGAGAAGAUUUAUGGUUUUGAAUUGCUGCUUUUAAUAACAUUUGUUAUAUUAAAGUUAUAAUUAAUGUGUCUGAUUUACUAUUUAAAAACUCCCUUUGGAAAAUUGCAGGCGUUCCCCCUAGAGAACUCUCAGCUGUUGGAUGGCAGGAGGAAUUGGCUCUGGUUUGUCUUGGUUUCCUGAAGGUAGAGGAGGAAUGGCAGGACCCAUCCCCUCUCUGGCCACCAUACCACCCCCUCACUGCCUACCAUUCUCGGCAGUGUUCUCCCCCUUACCACAGGAGGAUGUGGAAUCUUUUUCUACUGUGAGUACCUGACCCAUGGAGACAAGAACAUUAGCUGAAGGCCACAAAGAAGUGAAAGGUGGAACGUUAGAAACAGAGCCUAUUAAAUAGUUAAGUGCAGGCACUAUCAAAUUUUGCAUAGUCGGCACACAGGCAACGCAAUCCUAGAAGUAGGAAAUGCGUUCUAGACCUGGCUCUGCUGCUUGUAGCCUGCCCACUUUGGUCAGGCUUCGGGCUUCAGUUUCUGCCCUCAGUGCUAGGUAACCCCUGCCGUAUUCAGCUAGCUCCUCGGUGGAGAGGGAACCCAUCACAUCUACAUGUGACUAAAUUUUCCUAAACCUGAGGCAGUUUGGGGAAAAAGAGACAUGAAGGGCUAGGAAAAGCCAGCUACAGGGAGGUGAAGGUCAUGGGUUCAACAUUCUGCAGUUUCAGGGGCCUGUCCCUUAAUGUGGCCCAAAGUGUGCCUUAAUGUGGCUCCCACUUUCUUCUCUCAUUCCUUCUGCUUCAGCCCUUUAACUGCCCUCAGAACAAAACCAUAGCGGGAGCCAGGGGAGAGGGGAAGUUGAGUCUCGGGGCUGAAUCAAUGAACUGGACUGGAGUGGAUGGCACAGGUGCCAAGAGACCUGGGUCCCAGCCCCAGUGCUACCAUGAGAUCAGUGGUCCUCCCUGGGCUGGAGCGUGCCUGGUGCUUUGUGGUUUGGCUCAGUAUGUACAGAUCUUUAGCUUUGGAAUUUAGAAGCAAGAUAUUAGAAAUCUCAGUAAUUCGCUCAGUCUUAAGUUAUUAAAAUAUUUCAUUCUUCACACUCUCUCCUCAUUAUAGAUAUCUGAAAACACUGUUUUAACAAACAGGAAUUCUAUGCUUAGUAGUAGUUACGAAGAACUGUAGCCUAUACGGAAUAUUUAAAUUUUAGGAAACAUCAGGGAAUGUUCAUCAUGGGAUAAUAUUCAGAUAUCCUAGCAAGGUUAACAGUACACAGAAUCGGGUCAAAAUUGUCAAAUCAGUAUUUAUUUUGUUCCCCAAA